AUGGCCGGCCCACGUUGCCCGGCCUGCGGAGGCGGCUUCGUCGAGGAGCUCCCCGCGGCCGCGCUCGCCGGGCCCAACGCGCUCCACUCGUCGCGCGCGCGUGCCGACCUCUCGUUGGCCGACGCCUGGGCGGACAUGCGCAGCGUUCUCGCUCACCGCUCCCAACGCCUGCGCGCCGACGCGGGGUCAUCGCGGUCGUCGUCCCCCGACAUCGGCGGAAGCGCCGCCAUUGCGCGUGAGGCCGCGUCGCCCCCCACCUCCCCAUCCCCAUCCGACGGCGGCGUGGCCUCCACCCGCACAGGCCGCUCCCCACGUCGACUACGCGACGCCUCUCGCCGCGUCGCCCUAGAGUCGCUCAAUUCGCUCAACGACGUGCUUCCGCUGGGCUCGCAGCAUCGCACGAGCGGUCGCAGGGAGUCGCCGGGCGGCGUGUUCGGCGACUACGGCGACGGCGAGGACGGCUUGGCGCGCUUCCUGCGCGACAUGAGGGAGGAGUCGUCGUUCCUGGAGGUCGCCACCGCGCAGCUGCGCGCCAGAAGCGCGCCGAUGAGCGACAUCGCCCAGGAGCAGGUGCGCGUAGGGGACGGACGGGUCUUGUGUUACCUACCCAUUCUGGCGUGGCAGACGUCGGGCAGUGACGAGAGCAGCGACGAUGAAAGCAGCGACGACGGCAUUCCGCCGCACGUCGCUGCAUCCGACGCAGCGGCAGCGGCAGCGGCAGGCGGUGGUGGGCGUGGCGAGUUCACGGGCCGUGUGGGCGACUACUUCCUGGGGGACGACCUCAGCGCGCUCGUUGACCGCAUCGCCACCGCGCACCCCAUGCCUCACACCAGCACGCACACGCCAGCGUCGCAGGCAGCGGUGCGGGCGCUGCCGCUGCGCAUAGUGCGGGAGGAGGACGUGGCGGGGGGCGUGGCGGCGUGCGCGGUGUGCCACGAGGACAUGGGCGUGGGCGCCGUCACGCAGCAGCUGCCAUGCCGCCACGCGUACCACAGUGACUGCAUCCUGCCCUGGCUCGCGCAGACCAAUACGUGCCCCGUCUGCCGCUUCCGCCUGCCCUCCCAGGCCGAGGCCGAUGCUGCCCCCUCCUGCCCCUGGGCCCAUGGCUCGCUGCUGGGCGUCGACACGCGCCAGGGGGCUGGCGCUGAUAGGCGCUGGGGGGGCGAGGAGGUGGGGGACGGUGUGGGGUGGUGGAUGAGUGUGGAUGGCAGCAGGGGCGGCAUUAGGGAUGUGGAAGGGGAGUGGGGGUGGCAUGGGAUGCGGCAGGGCGGGGGUGCAGCGUCGUCCUUGUCGUCGCUGCUGCAUCAACGCAUCCACACUGCUGGCCCCACGCCCUGGAGUCACCAGCAUCAUCAUGCCCAUGACCCCUCCCACACCCACACCCAUCACCACGGCCAUGAUGCAUCCCACGCCCACCACCCUGCCCGUUCGCCCUUUAUGGGCCGUGGGCCCUCGGGUGCCGCCUCCUCUGACCGCUGGCCUGCCGCCUCUGCUGCCUCUUGGCGCGCGUCCGCCCCCUCUGCUCGCCCCUCGCCUGGCGCCACACACAUGCCCCUGCAUGGCGCGGCACAGGGCGGCGUGGGGGACAGGGGCGUGCAGCAGGGGGGCAUGGAGGCAGCGAGGCGUGGCAGCGAGGCAGUGAGGCGGGCCGUGGGGUCGUCGUGGGAGGCAUAUUUGAUGCGGCAGCGCGCCAGGCAGCUGGGGGGGGAGAGGCUGGCAGGGGCAGCCAGGCAGCAGGAGGGGGGAGGAGGCAGGCAGGGGAGCAGUGCAAGGGAGGGGAUGCGGGGUGAUGCUGUGCAGGGGCGGGGGGAGAGCAUGGGAGGAGGAGAAAGUGAGGCAGGGCCGUCGGUGGGAGGGGCUGAGGUGAGUGAGAGGCUUCCUGCUGCUGCUGCUGCUGCUGCAGCGUCUGAUGGGCUGGCAGUGUGGCGCCGUGACCUGAUUGGUGCAGCCAGAGGCACUGUGUUUGCUGACAAGGGGGAGAGGGAGAGGAGGUGGGGAGGUGGGGCAGUGGCGGUGAGGGGAAGGGUGCAAAGGGAGGCCACAGGGGGCAGCGUGGGUGCGAGUGGCAGUGGCAGCGGCAGCGGCGGUACGAGGUCAGAUGAGAGUUGCGAUCUCAGCGAGGGUAGCCCCUCGUCCCCCCCGCUCACUCCCUCCUCUCUGGCGACUGUGCUUGGCAGCAGCGCACAUGGGUCCCCGGAGGGUGGUGUGGGGUGCACAGAAGCAAGGAGGGAGAAGCGGAGAGCGAGGGAGAUGCAAGGGAGGGAAGUGGAGGGUGCAGGGAGGAGGCAGGGGGGCGGCAUUGAGUGGACACCGCCCUCCCCAUUCAGUGUGUUGCAAGUCAGUGUGUUGCAAGUCAGUGUGUUGCAAGUCAGUGUGUUGCAAGUCAGUGUGUUGCAAGUCAGUGUGGUGCAAGUCAGUGUGUUGCAAGUCAGUGUGGUGCAAGUCAGUGUGUUGCAAGUCAGUGUGGUGCAAGUCAGUGUGGUGCAAGUCAGUGUGUUGCAAGUCAGUGUGGUGCAAGUCAGUGUGUUGCAAGUCAGUGUGGUGCAAGUCAGUGUGGUGCAAGUCAGUGUGGUGCAAGUCAGUGUGGUGCAAGUCAGUGUGGUGCAAGUCAGUGUGGUGCAAGUCAGUGUGGUGCAAGUCAGUGUGGUGCAAGUCAGUGUGGUGCAAGUCAGUGUGGUGCAAGUCAGUGUGGUGCAAGUCAGUGUGGUGCAAGUCAGUGUGGUGCAAGUCAGUGUGGUGCAAGUCAGUGUGGUGCAAGUCAGUGUGGUGCAAGUCAGUGUGGUGCAAGUCAGUGUGGUGCAAGUCAGUGUGGUGCAAGUCAGUGUGGUGCAAGUCAGUGUGGUGCAAGUCAGUGUGGUGCAAGUCAGUGUGGUGCAAGUCAGUGUGUUGCAAGUCAGUGUGGUGCAAGUCAGUGUGGUGCAAGUCAGUGUGGUGCAAGUCAGUGUGGUGCAAGUCAGUGUGGUGCAAGUCAGUGUGGUGCAAGUCAGUGUGGUGCAAGUCAGUGUGGUGCAAGUCAGUGUGUUGCACGUCAGUGUCAUGCUGCCGUCAUUGCCUAUUCACAUCAAGUGCACAGUUAGGAGGUGUGCAGAGCAGUGCAGGAAAGUUUGA